AUGAAGCUGUGCCUGAGGUUGGCUGUUUUAACGAUCUGCUUCAUGACCGUCAUAGCGGCUCCGGUUGCUGAUAACGGUCACGAGAAUGGCGAUCCUCGAGCUGACGUUCCCGUUAAGGAAUUGGAAAAUCUUAAAAUGGAAGAGUCCAGCAAGGAAGUUGAUCCCGGUAUCCAGAACAGGGAACAUGUGGAAAUCCACAGACUUGGCGCGGUACAACAAAACGGUGAAUUGGUAUCACGUGUAGAACAGCACACGUCAGCUGAUAGUAUUGGUGAUGAAAAGCCUAAAGUACACGCUCAGACACAGUUGGAUGUACCUGCUGAGGGUGUCCAUAAGAUGAUUAUACAGGAUGGAACUCAUGUCAGUGUGUUGGAGGGUACCGUGCAUACCACUCCAGCGACUGAGGAACAAACUACCAAGAUAUUCCACGGAGCUGCGCGUUUGGUUCAGACUGGAGCUGCCGCUAAUACUCCAACCAAUGGACACACCGCUGUAAGAAGAGCUUUCAACGACGUAACAAAGGAAAUUAAGAAGAACGAACGCUACCCAUACGCUGGCAUCCAGUAUUCACCUUUAGACAUGGCUGAAUAUGUAUUCUGGACAGGCGACGAACGUGGUGUCACCACGGCUAUAGAAGACUUUCUCCAAGAAGGAAUGAUGACUAAAGAAGACGCGAUAGCCUUUCUUCAAGAGAUCAAGUUUAAUAUCGACUACCUGAGAGCUCAUUAUACUCAGAAUCUCAAAGCAGCUGAAGAAAACGCCCAACAAGAGAAGCUGAGAAACUUUAUUAUGGAACAAAACGCUAAGGAGUACCAAUAUCGUCCAACGCCCCUCCAAUUCCCCUUCGGAAGUAAUCCCGAGGUGUUCAGAACUCUCCCCGCUAAGACCUGGGAUGUCAACAGUUUGGGAGUCAUUCCAUCGAUGCAAGUCUCCAAUGAACUUCGAAAUGAACCCGUCAAACGGACCUACGACCCGAUGCUCCAAACUAAUGUUAUCAGCACAUCAGAUUAUGAUCGUGACGGUCAGAUCAUAAGUGAGGAGGAAUACGAAGAAAUGAUGGACAAACUCCGCGCAGCUGAUUCACUGUACACGGAGUACACACUCGAAGAAAUUAUAUACCAACUAGCGAAGAUGAUGUUCUCCCAGUCUUUGUACCGAUCUCCAUCAUCAGCGCGCGCCGCCACACAGAGGUUCAUGACCUUCUUAGAACUAGAGGCUGAACGGGGACAGCUGUCGAGGACCAUUGAGAAGAAGGUUUUGGAUGUAAUGAUGGCAGCUCUAACGGACACGAUCGGUGAUCAUCCCGAGUUACUUCAAGCUCGAGACGGUCUUGGUAUCACCCCCGCUAAUAGAAUAAUGAACCAAUUUCUGGAAACGAGUGCAUCAGAGCCGAGUAUGUCCCGCGCCAUUCUCGCCGCUUACAAGGACGAACUACUCAAAGGACCGCCAUUGCACAAACUGGGCUUCACAGACCGAAACUAA